GGUGCCUCUGGGGCCAUAUUCUGCCACCAGAGGCGUGGCGCCCCCGGGAGGACUUAGGAACCCGCGGGACGAUUGGCGCAGGCGCAGCCCAGGCUCCACCAAGGAGCCGAGCGCGCAGCCGGCCAGGCUCCACUAUGGUGCUGGCGGCAGAGGACCAGGCUGCGGUGCGUGCGCUGUGGAGGAAGCUGGGUAGCAACGUUCACGUUUACACGACCGAGGCCCUGGAGAGGACCUUCCUGGCCUUCCCUUCCACCGAGACCUACUUCCACCUGAGUCCCCGCUCCGCGCAGGUCAGAGCCCACGGCGAGAAGGUGGCCUUCGCCCUGACCGUCGCCUUGGACCACCUGGAUGACCUACCCCGCGCCCUGUCUGCUCUGCGCGUGCUGCACUCGCACAAGCUGCGCUUGGACCCUGUCAACUUCAAGCUGCUGGGCGACAGCCUGCUGGUGACCCUUGCCCAGCACUACCCCGGAGACUUCAGCUCCGCCCUGCAAGCCUCGCUGGACAAGUUUCUGAGGCACGUGAUUUCUGCGUUGGCUCCCAGCUGUCGCUAAAUUGAGUGGAUGAUCGCGAGACCCUCCAGUGUUUGAGUGAAGUCCCCAAAGCCUCAGCUGCGCAUGUGUUCUGUCUAAGGGAGCGCUCCAGAGGCCUGGCGGGGUCGAGGGAGAGGGGCCAUCACUUCCAAAGGAAGACGGGGUCUGAGGACCCCCAAGUCGCACACCCUCAAUCAUUAGAUACCGGCGCGGACGCUCGGCCCCCGGUAGCCUAAGGCAAGUCUGGACAGCGGGUCCCAAAUUCCACAUGGUAAAUACCUAUCCACCGUGCCCUUGGCCGCGGCCACUUCGAGGUACAGACUUGGGGCUUCCGCUGCUCGGGAAUGGGGGGCAGGUGGGGCAGCCGGACCACUCUGCCGGCUGCUCUCAGAUCCACCUAGAACGGAGGGCCAGUCCAGGCCACACGCGGCACAGCCUGGGAGAAACUUAGGGACCCGCGCGGACCGGAACUGCACAACCGUACAAAGCGCAUCUGGAAGGUGUUGGGGACUUUGGAAAUCCGGGAGGCUUGGGGUGAAGAGCCCCCGGUUUGCUAGGGCCUGGUGGAAGGAGGUGUGUCAGCGGGAGACAAGGCGGAUCAGGGAGCCAGCUCAGAGUCCUGUCCACGGACCACAUUUCUCAGGAAACAGACCUUAGCGCUUCUUUCUUGCCAAAUUUUUUCCUCAUAAAGUCAAUCGUGCUCAUUGCAGAAACUUCAGAAAAACUACUCCAGUUGCUGCACCUGCCUAUUGUAUCCCAGUAGGUCCCACACUCCAUUAUUGUUACUUUCCCCUUGACACAUGGGGAAACUGAACAAAUGGGGUCUGAUCCAGCACAUGUGUGAGACACACACACACACACACACACAGUCCCCUCUUAUCCUCAGGUGGUAUAUUCCAAGACCCCCAGCGGAUGCCUGAAACCUGAUAGUACCUACCCCCAAGUAUGCUAUAUUUUUUCCUGUACAUACACACCUAUAGUAAAUUUAAUUUAUAAAUGAGGCACAAAAAGAGAGUAACAGCAGUAACUAAUAAUAAAAUAGAACAAUUAUGGCAAUGUACUGUAUUAAAACCUAUGUGAAUGUGAUCUCUCUCUCAAAAUACACUGUACAAAUUUAAUGCCUUUUCCUAUCUUAACACCAGAACACUUAUCACACACUGUGGCUGUAACUUGCUGUUUGAGGUGUGACAGCAAGACAGCAUGAAUUUGUUUCCUUCACAAUUCCACAGAAGAUUCGUUUUUACCGUAGAUCUUAACCAACUCAGCAUCCAAUUUUUUGUUGAACUUUGACCUUUCCACUUAAAGGAAGCACUUCACGUUUUCUCUUUGGCGUAUCUGAAUUGCUGGCAUCACUCCUCUUGUGUUUUGGGGCCAUUAUGAAGUAAAAUAAGGGUGACUCUGAACA